CCCCUGUCCAAGCGCACGAGAAGGAGACCGGACCAUUGCGAGCUGCAAUGUAACCAAUAUACACAAUGAAGACGGGUAGGUAGUACGUAUGAUGAUGUUGAGCAUUUAUAUAAGGAUUGUUACGAUAGUUAUGAAGCUCAUGGCCAGCUCGGGAAGAGCUUUUGCAGUUUUCUAUGGUUGUUCAUACCAGAGCGACCAGAAUUCGGAUGGGCGGUCGAGCACUCCGAGUUCACACGUCAGAGAUUUCCGAUCGGCGAAAAUACUGGGAAUUGGGGAACCACCACCAAACGCCCGAAAUCGAGGUCAAUGGCUGGGGAAUAUGGUGAUCGACUGUAAAAUGCUGCAUGUCGAUAUAUUUGUAUGAAGAUUUACCGAACGGUUUUUUGCAUGCUUUCGAGGUUUUUAUAGUUGCGCUGGGGCUCCCCCUGCAUCCGGAUGCCAAGCCGACCGGUGAGAAGGGCGAGGGAUGUCCUGGCAACGGGAGGGAAUAGCCACACCACCACGGGAGGUGAGAUGGGAGUCAACUUAAGAGCUGGAUUUAAAUGCAUCGAGCUUGAAAAAAGAUUAGUUUGGAGACACCAUUGCAGGAGUUCACAGUCUUAGGUUCGAUUCCGAAAGUUGUAGACCUGCAGUCUCCGACCAUCGGUUCAUCACGGGACCAUCGGCAAAACCGCCCCGGAAAGGCGUAGUGCGGCCCAGUUCCCGUGCCAGCGAGAGAGACCACUGCCAGAGUCCACCAACCUCUUCCCAUUCCUCUUCUUCCCUCUUUUCCCUUCCCCAUCCACACCUUCUCUAUCCCUACACCUCGCUCUUCAACACCUCCAUCAUGUUCAAGAGCGGUCUCGCCCGGACCUUCGGGAGGGCUGCCUUCGCCCGGCCGACCCCCGUCGCCCGCGCCUUCAAGCCUCUCCGCGCCAAUGCCCUGCCCGCCCUCUCUGCUCGCUUCGCCAGCUCGGAUGUCGCUCAGGCUGGCAAGAUUCACCAGGUUAUUGGUGCCGUCGUUGACGUGAAGUUCGAGGGCGAGAAGCUCCCUGCCAUUCUCAACGCCAUUGAGACCGAGAACAACGGCCAGAAGCUUGUGCUCGAGGUUUCCCAACACUUGGGUGAGAAUGUCGUCCGUACUAUUGCCAUGGACGGUACCGAGGGUCUCAUGCGUGGUGCUGUCGCCCGUGACACCGGUUCCCCCAUCAAGGUUCCCGUCGGCCCCGGCACUCUUGGCCGUAUCCUGAACGUCACUGGUGACCCCAUUGACGAGCGUGGUCCCGUUGACGCCGCCAAGUUCCUCCCCAUUCACGCCGACCCCCCAGAGUUCGUCGAGCAGUCCACCUCUGCUGAGAUUCUCGUCACUGGUAUCAAGGUCGUCGAUCUCCUUGCCCCCUACGCCCGUGGUGGUAAGAUUGGUCUGUUCGGUGGUGCCGGUGUCGGUAAGACCGUGUUCAUUCAGGAGCUGAUUAACAACAUUGCCAAGGCCCACGGUGGUUACUCCGUGUUCUGCGGUGUCGGUGAGCGUACCCGUGAGGGUAACGAUCUGUACCACGAGAUGCAGGAGACUGGUGUCAUCCAGCUCGAUGGCCCCUCCAAGGUCGCUCUGGUCUUCGGUCAGAUGAACGAGCCCCCGGGUGCCCGUGCCCGUGUCGCCCUGACCGGUCUGACCAUUGCCGAGUACUUCCGUGACGAGGAGGGUCAGGAUGUGCUGCUCUUCAUUGACAACAUUUUCCGUUUCACCCAGGCCGGUUCCGAGGUGUCUGCCCUUCUCGGUCGUAUCCCCUCUGCCGUCGGUUACCAGCCCACCCUGGCCGUUGACAUGGGUGGUAUGCAGGAGCGUAUCACCACCACCCAGAAGGGUUCCAUUACCUCCGUCCAGGCCGUCUACGUGCCUGCUGACGAUCUGACUGAUCCCGCCCCCGCUACCACCUUCGCUCACUUGGACGCCACCACUGUGUUGUCCCGUGGUAUCUCCGAGCUGGGUAUCUACCCCGCUGUCGACCCUCUGGAUUCCAAGUCCCGUAUGCUCGACCCCCGUAUCAUCGGUGACGACCACUACAACACCGCCAGCCGUGUCCAGCAGAUGCUCCAGGAGUACAAGUCCCUCCAGGAUAUCAUUGCCAUUCUCGGUAUGGACGAGUUGUCCGAGGCUGACAAGCUUACCGUCGAGCGUGCCCGUAAGCUCCAGCGUUUCCUGUCCCAGCCCUUCGCUGUCGCCCAGGUCUUCACUGGUAUCGAGGGUCAGCUCGUUGACCUGAAGGACACCAUUGCCUCCUUCAAGGCUAUUAUCAACGGUGAGGGUGAUGACCUCCCUGAGAACGCCUUCUACAUGGUUGGUGACUUCGCCUCCGCCCGCGCCAAGGGUGAGAAGAUUCUGGCUGAGCUCGAGGGCUCUUCCUAAAUGUAAUUUUGUCCAUUUGCUUAGCUAGCGGCGGGGGGUUUUCUAUCCCAUGUUCAACAUCCCUCUUGUCAAAAACAACUUUCGCUGCUUUCUGAAAUCUUCUUGCCAACCUCUUUUUUCUCCACCGUGUGUGUCUGUAUGCCUCCCUUCCCACUUCUGUUUCCCUCUGGUCUGGAUCUGGUCUUUCUUUUGUUCCUUUGUCUUUCGAACUCUUUUCGAGUCAGUCCUGCGUGUCUCGUCUCCCACUAGACGUCAUCUUUCCUUUUCGAUUGCGUGUAUUUUACUCCGAUCUUAAAGAGAAAGUAACGAAAACCAGAAGGGGAUUCUUGAUUGUCACAAUUGAUUCCGCUAUUGUCGUUCUGACGUGAUGUUCCUGUGGAAAGAUACCGACACUUGACUCGAAAGAUGUUUUGACUUUGGACGUACCCGUGAAAACGGGGACGAGGAUGCUACCUGAUCUAGUGGGGGAAUGAGGUGUGAAGGGAUCCGACCCGGGACUGCAUUGCAUGUCGGUGGGGAUGAGCAAGGCCCCAGAAGAGAAUAAGAAAGUGGAGGAAAGAGAUUCUUGAUGAGGUUGUCUGGGUGUGGGAAGAUCAACCCUCCGUCUUGUCUAACGAGCAAGUUGAUGAGAUUAUCUCCCUUUUAAAGUCUUGCUAGACGCACCCUGGCUUGGCUUGUGUUUCAUUAUUGUGUAUUUAGAGUUGAAAACCCAUGGCCUGUAUGGCGACCCUAAAUAUCCUGGUGUCCAAUUGUACUUUCUUUUGUUGAAGACUUGAUAUCUUAUUGUAGUAGACUUGGUAUUCGUAGUUAAC